AUGGGUUCCAGCCCGAUUGUGACGUCAAGCGCCGCCACCAACGGCGGUGGGUGGUGGUGGUGCCGGUGGCGGCAGGAUCAUCGUACUCUCUCUUCGACAUUCGCCUUCUUUUUGGCAUCAUUCGUGUUCUUGGGCUCGAUUGCGACCCUCUAUGCGUGGUCCAUGUUCACCCCCAAUGUCCGUACAGGUAUGUCCUCGCUUGGGUGUCAUGAGGACAAUGAAGGGUCUUGGUCCAUCGGUGUUUUCUACGGUGACUCACCAUUUUCUCUCAAACCCAUUGAAGCUAUGAAUAUAUGGAAGGAUCAGAGUGCGGCAUGGCCUGUUGCCAACCCUGUUGUCACUUGUGCUUCAGCUUCUGAUGCUGGUUUCCCCAGUAAUUUUGUUGCGGACCCUUUUCUUUAUGCCCAGGGUUGGGGGGGGGGAGGGAGGUUUUGUGCUCAGAUAGGGGAGAGGUGGUGUGUGGAUGGGCCAAAAAGAGGGGAGGGAAAGGGCAUGCGUUUGGGGGUUUGGGGAAGAGAAUCUGGUGGAGGGGUAUCUGUGUAUGAAGUAGGAGAUGGGAAAGAGAAAGGAGGGGAGGGGAGGACAAAACCUUGGUGGUGGAAUUGUGGCUCCGACGGUGAUGCUGUGGCGCUUCGUGCGUCUAUGGCGAGAGAGAGAGAAAGUUGUGCGAGGGAGUACAAGAAAGACUGUUAG